AUGUAUCCUGCUGUUUUAGCAAGGACGUUUUAUACUUUCACAAUCCUUUUACUGAUGUUUUCGUCUGCGAAUGCGGCGCUUGCAUCACUCAAUAGUGCUCCAUUUCUCACUGGAACGAUGGACGUCCCGUCUGCCGCCAGUCUUGGUCGACCAUCUUCACCAGACCAAGCCAAAACGCCAUCAAUACAAUCCAAAUUUGCAGUUAAAGCUGCAGCUGCAAUUCCAAGGCUUGAUUCCUCUGUAUUAAGUCAGACUGUUGACUUUGCACCAACCAUUAAAGCAUCAGUAGACGAGGCAAUCAGCAAAAUCGCGAUUGACACUCGGAAAGAAGUCGCAUUAGGAGCAUUUGAUACACUAGACCAUGCUACUGAGGGAUUCGGACCACGCUUUAGCACUAGUCCACGGGCACUCGAGCUUUCAGAAUUCGCUGAGCUGAUGGUAGAGACGGCAAUAGAUACAACGAGCAGACUCAACGUCCCUGUAGAUUCACAGAUCCAGAAAGCUUUGAGUAAAGUCGGUUCGGACUUCCUGGUCUCAGCCAAGCGCACAUGUCCAUUCUUCAACCCUCUGUGUAAUCCCAGCUCACAAUAUCGGACAAUCGAUGGGUCAUGUAACAACUUGAAAAAUCCCCUUUGGGGAAAAGCACUCACGGCAUUCGAACGAUUUCUUCCUCCCGCAUAUGACGAUGGAGUAAAUUCGCCAAGGACUAAAGGCCUGUUUCAAGUGCCGCUUCCCUCUGCUCGUAAUAUAAGUGUGGAGAUACAUACUAAUCUCGGACCCAUAGCUCCCCGGCUAAGCCAUCUCUCUAUGGAAUUCGGACAGCUUGUUAGCCACGACAUCCAAAUGACCGCUCUCUCUAAAGGUUAUGCUGGGAGAAAUCUGAAUUGCUGUAGAAUUAAACGAAGGAGGAAUUGUUUCCCUAUCCCUAUAGCGGAUAACGAUGAACACUUCGACAGAACUUGUAUGAACUUUGUCCGCGCGCUUCCAGCACCUCCCAUCGAUUGCCGUUUUGGUCCUCGUCAGCAACUUAACCAAGUCACCCAUUUCCUGGACGGAUCGGCCAUAUACGGCUCGGAUCAGGAAACGCUAGACGUCCUCCGUGAUGGAGCUUUCCUGAAAUCCCAAGGUAACAAUGAUCUCCUGCCUUUAAACCCAAAUGGUAUCUGUGCCCAGGCUUCCAGUGACAAGUGUUUCCAUGCAGGCGAUGUCCGGGUAAACCAACAGCCAGCACUAAUUUCCCUCCAGACAGUUUGGAUGAGACAUCAUAACAACUUAGCUAGACAAAUCAAAGGCGCAAAUCCUGGUAUGAGUGAUGAUAUUGUCUUCCAGGAAACCAGAAAAAUUGUCACAGCCCAGUUGCAGCAUAUCACUUAUAACGAAUGGCUCCAGGAAAUUCUUGGUGACAAUAUUAUGAAUCAGUUUGAUCUUAAACCCAAACCAUCUGGACAGUACUACAAGGGUUACAACACGGCCGUGAAGCCGAUGAUAAGAAGUGCUUUCUCGACAUCUGCUUUCAGAUUUGGGCACAGCUUGAUAGGGAAUGACAUAAAAGAGAAGAAAGCCUCAGGUACAGUCCUCCAUCACAGACUCCAUACCACAUUUCUUAAGCCUGAUCUCGCUUACAACGGAGGCGUCGACUCCAUCAUGAAGGGUCUGUACACUUCACCCGCACAGAAGACGGAUAAUCAUAUAACUCACGAAGUAACAAGACAUUUGUUCCAGACUGCACCUAAGAAUGGUUUGGACUUAGCAGCUACAAACAUUCAGAGAGGGCGUGACUUUGGAAUAUAUGAUUACAACACCUGGAGAGUGGCUUGUAAUUUGGGACCCGCUUCGGACUUUGAUGCAUUAGAUCUCCAUUCAAGCGAACUGAGGAAACUUCUGAAGAAAGUUUACAAUACCGUGUUUGACAUUGACUUGUUCACCGGAGGCGUUUCUGAAAACAACAUCCCCGGGGGAAAUAUUGGAACAACUUUCGCUUGUCUGAUCGGUUUACAAUUUCAAGCUCUGAAACAAGGCGAUCGAUUUUUCUACGAAAGCAACACAAAUGUCAAAUUCCCGAUUGGACUUUUAAAUGAAAUAAGGAAGACAACCAUGGCUAGAAUUCUAUGUGAUACAACAGGAGUGUCGUCCAUCCCCCGCAAAGUGUUCCGGAAACAAUCUUCAACCAACCCAGCAGUAAGUUGUGGAUCCAUUCCAAAUCCAGACCUGUCCCUCUGUGUUCCUGUUAACGGUCAGUGGAGCUCAUGGACAACAUGGAAAGUCACUCCAGGGUGUGUUCCAGUAAAAACAAGAACAAGAAAAUGUAACAAUCCAGCCCCAAAUUCAUGCGGCAAAAGUUGUCCUGGACUUGCAAAAGAUACAGAGAUUGGCAGCUCGACCCGGGGUGGAAUAUUUGACCUUACCGGGGGAAAUUGUAAUCCCUGGCCUCCGGCCACCUUGCGGCCAUUUCCAGGUCCUGUUUUCCCAACAUUUCCACUUAAUCCACGUCUUCCAAAUGUUCCAAGAAUUGAUUUACGCGACCCUGUUCUCCAGUGA